CUCUCCCCGACGACCAUGUCGACCCCAACAAAACCACGAAGCAUACGUGGUCAUCCCAUUCAGCCGCAGGAUGGCCAGAGCGGUGCGUCUGACUCCUUGACCGGUACCUCGACGCCCAUGGGAACACCCGAUAUGCGAGCCUUGCGUGCUCAGUACACCGGAACCCCUCCACCGAACACACUCGUCAUCCCUCUACGAAACAUUCCAGGGCGAACCGCAUCUCCAGCUGCGGCUAGUGAUGUCUCCCUGCCAAGUGUCAGUGGUAGCGGUUCAGGACCUCAGGCGAUAGGCGGUAUCGCAGCCUUACGAGGACGUAGUAUGGGGACACCCUCACCGCCAGAAGACAGAAUCCUCACGUCUUUGGCGCCGGACACGGAUGAUCUACCGGAGGAAGAGAAAAUCAAGGUCCUGCGAAGGCAUUUAGUCUCAAAAGAGGAGCGGCAGCGCAGCAAUGAGGACGCUCAGGCCUCGUCAUCCUCGUCUACACAUCAUCCCCACGAAGAAACUGAGCCAUUCCCAGUCCACUAUGAUGUUCCAGGUGCAGAUGUGACACACGAUAUCUACAAAUGGCAGUCUAACCAGAGAAGGAGAUUACGAGCUGCAUCAGUCGCAGUGCCUUCCACAUCUACGCCUGAUCCUGCAUUCGAGCACAUCCAUGAACCGGGAGGUUUUAGGAGAAACUAUGUUCUAUUGCGGGCUAACGAGGAAGGAGCAGAGGAACCUCAAGUACUAAACAAUUUUAUAGAUUUCUUGUUCCUGUUCGGUCAUUUUGCGGGAGAAGACCUAGAGGAAGAUCAGGAAGAUCAGGAGGACGACCUCGAGAGUGCUGCUGGAAUGACAGUUGAAGGUGUCGUCGAUGAGACAGCGCCUCUCUUGGGAGGAAAGACAAGUCUUGCGAGGUCAAGGUCUCGUUCGCGACGACGCGCGUCUUCCAUGGGUCCGCAUGGAAAUGCCACGGUGACCCAGGCUGUUCUCAUGCUUCUCAAAGCCUUCAUUGGAACAGGCGUUCUGUUCUUAGGACGUGCCUUCUAUAAUGGAGGUAUCCUGUUUUCGGCAUUCCUGUUUCUCUUCAUUGCGAUAAUAUCCUUGUACUCGUUCGUUCUUCUGGUACAUACCAAGUUCGUGGUUUCGGGUAGUUUCGGAGAUAUCGGAGGGACCUUGUAUGGGAACUGGAUGCGACAGCUCAUCCUUGGGUCUAUCGUUGUGUCGCAAAUGGGUUUUUGCGGCGCAUACAUGAUCUUCGUUGCAGAGAACAUGCAGUCAUUUGUGAUGGGCGUCACACACUGCGCUAGGCUAAUUGGAGUGCAGUAUUUUCUCCUUAUGCAGCUGAUGUUCUUCCUACCUUUGGUUCUCAUCAGAGAUCUUGCCAAGUUGAGCACGACCGCACUUGUUGCAGAUGUCUUCAUCCUGGCGGGCUUGAUCUAUAUCUUUGGAAGCGAGUUUAAGAUCAUAGCCAAAAGAGGCAUUGCAGAUGUUGGGUUGUUCAAUCCGAAGGACUUUCCGUUGUUUGUUGGAACAGCAGUGUUUUCCUUUGAGGGUAUUGGGCUUGUGAUACCCAUUACCGAUGCUAUGAGAGAGCCGCAUAAGUUUCCUGCUGUCAUAUCUGGUGUAAUGGCUGGUUUAGUUGUGCUCUUCGGGGGGGCUGGUGUGCUGGCUUAUUUGACAUUUGGUUCUGAUAUCAAAACUGUCGUUCUGGUAAAUUUGGAUACCUCGAGCCCAAUGGUUCAAGCUGUCCAAUUUCUUUACUCGGUCGCCAUCAUGCUUUCAGUGCCUCUUCAGCUGUUCCCUGCGGUCCGAAUCAUGGAGAAUGGGCUGUUCAUUCGUAGCGGCAAGAUCGACGUGAAAGUCAAGUGGCUGAAGAACCUUUUCCGUUUUCUGGUGGUCAUUGUCACGACGCUUAUCAGCUACAUCGGUGCAGCCGACUUGGACAAAUUCGUUGCGUUUGUUGGAUGUUUCGCAUGUGUACCGCUGUGUUACGUCUACCCUGCCAUGCUUCACUACAAAGCAUGUGCGCAUACACGUAGCGCGAAGCUUAAAGAUAUCGCGAUGAUGGUGUUUGGUAUGCUUGCAGCCAUCUACACGACAACACAGACUCUUCGGCUAAUGUUUGAACCUGAAGUUGGGGAGCCGGGGUCUGGAAACUGCGAGCCCCCGACAUAGAGGAUAUAGAGGAUAGACUAUGAAUACGUUAGGCAGCGUAAUGGAUUCUACCCUAGGAAGAUGUUUGUGAUAAUUCAGCCAUGAUGUGGCACCUUGUAUUGAAUACUUUGUGCAAAGGGGGAUCAAGCACGUGGGGAUGGUGCUGCGAACUGGACUUUAUUCCUUCUUUUUCAGCUGUUGACUCGUUUCAUUCGUUUGCCUCACCUUUGCCACGCGUUCUGGAUCGCGUUGCGACAGUCUUUGUAGGUCUCUGAUAACGUUCUGAUAGCUGGUACCCUUUAAUUCCACCCAUCUUCAAAUUAUUUAAAGUCUUUGACAUUUUUUUUUUAUCCCAGCAUUCGCUGCUCGACGUUGUCAUGGCUCUUGUUCUUCCUUCUGCCUCAACAGUGCUUCCCAAGGCGCCCAGGAUAAAGAGAAAGC